AUGUUGAAGUACAUAGUGGUACUAUCACUCAUCCUAUAUGUUGUCACCUGCAAUAUUUCCCAAGCAAAUGCUUGUUUCAUUAAUGCACUAUUUUCUUACCAUGUUCAUGUCAUCAACAAUCUCCCGCCAAACACCGAUCCAUUAAUCGUACAUUGUGCUUCCAAAGACAAUGAUAUGGGAAAUCAUACUGUGACCACGAACCAAGAAUUUCACUUUCAUUUCUGCAAAAGGCCGGUUGUCACUCUGUUUUUCUGUCAUCUGUGGUGGGGUGGUUAUAAGGACAUAGCUUUCGAGGCUUUCAACGCGAAGUGGGACAAUUCGAUAUGCACAGACAGAAAGUGCUAUUGGUCGGCAAGGGACGAUGGUAUUUAUUUCUCGGGCGAUCCUCCGACAAAUUACGUGAAGGCUUACGAUUGGGAAUAG